ACAACGGUUCUGUGCAACAGCAAACACACUGUGUGAAAAAGCCUUUCAAAUUCAGAUGGGAGAAAUUCACAGCAGGCAAGAAAAAGAGGACCUUACAAGCUGAAAAGAAGGAGAUUGGAUCAUAGUGAAGCACAGGAUUUGAGAAUCUUGUAUUCUGCACUGACAGCAGGAGAUACUCCAGCUGGGAACUAAAGGGAUCAGAAACAAGCGAGGAGAGGACAAAAAGGACCCAGAGCAAAGGAUUUUAUUAGAUUGGUGCGUUUUCUUUGGAUUUCUCACUUCCCUCCUCCUGGGCCGACAGCAUAGGGGGAGGCAGAGCCGCAACCACCGCAGAGAUGAAGUACAAUAACUAUGUACCAACGUACACACGCACUUCACAGUACACACCAACAUACACACCUACCUACUACACUCCCACACAUUACACACCAACUACACCAAACUACACGUCCUCAUACACGUCCACAACGAAGUACACCCCGACGCAGUACAGCACGACACAUUACACCCCGUCACGAUACACGUCCACCUACAAGGCGGCAUCAACUUACAUCCCCUCAUACAGCAAAGGGUCACGGUACAGUUCAACACAACGCACACAAGCACAGGAAAACCCUGCCCCAGUAAUACCUGUUGCACCUGCAAAGAGAACUGUGCACUUCUCCAAUGACAUCAUCUUCCAGGAUAUUGUUAGGCGAGGUGAUUUGGAGCAAAUUGGUCGUUUCAUGAGAGCGAGGAAGGUUCGCGUGGAUACGAUCUUCCACUCCGGUAUGGCAGCACUACACGAAGCCGUGCUAACAGGAAACCUGGAGGUGGUGAAGCUGCUGGUGAAAUACAGCGCUGAUGUUCAUCAGAGAGACGAAGAUGGCUGGACGCCACUUCACAUGGCCUGCAGUGACGGCUACCCGGAAAUUGCCAGUUAUCUGCUGUCGACGGGAGCCAGCACAGAAGCAGAGAACGAAAGCGGAGAGAAGCCUGCGGACCUCAUCGACCCAGACUGCAAAGAGCUGGUCAAACUGUUCGAGACGGGCUGUGUGUGAUUGGGCACUAAAUCACGGACCCAAGAAAGAGCAGCAACAGAGAAGACUGAAAACAAAUUCAACAGUAUUAAACAGUGCAAUACCAAACAAACAUGUAACAGGGUGGAAGAACAUAGCCAGAAUCACUGAUCCUGUAAAGCAAGAUAGUGGUCCUGUUUGUUAUUUUCAAAAGUUAUUUUUUUAAAUUGCAGCUUAAAUCAAUAUUCAAUUAGGCUGCAUUUAUAUUUCUGGUGGUUAUUUUUAUUUUUACUUUACUUUUUUGUGCAUUUGUGUAUUUGUCAUACUGCCAUUGCAGCAAAUGUUAAUCUGCUGUGUAAGUGUUAAGCACUAGUUAGUUGCUCUCUGCACUGUACGUUUCCAAACUAUGAUUAUACUGCGUAUUGAAAUUUACAACACAGAGUUUGGGCCGACAUGUUUGUGUUUUAAAGACAGAGUUAUGAAUCCUCACUGCUGGGCAGAGAGAGGAUCAGCCAAAUUAAUAAUUGAUAUUUCAUUGAUGGUCAUAAAUAAAUAAAUAACAAACAUCAAGUUUAUGCUGUAUCAGCACUUUAACUGCUGCAGUAUUUUACACUGAUGUAUUGCUGUUGUUUUCUGUAUAGGAAAUAUGAAUGUCAGCAAUGAAAGUCUUAUAAUUUUCUCCUCGAUAAUUAUUUUUGUACAUUUUCUUAAAUAAAGAAAACUUUUAUAA